AGACCUCAGACAAGGCAUCUCAUAGGAGGCUUUUUCAUAAAACUAGGCUCUGCUGGUAGUAAGGAGGCCAGUUUGGAGGCAGGCGUUGAGCUGUGCACAUCUCCCCGCCCGCCGCAGCCACCUUCUCCUUACCCAUCUUUGAUUUCAUUUUUCCACUUGGCUGAGCCAUCCAGAGCCUUUUCAAUGUAUAAAAUGGAAUAUUCUUACCUCAAUUCCUCUGCCUACGAGUCCUGUAUGGCCGGGAUGGACACCUCGAGCCUGGCUUCAGCCUAUGCAGACUUCAGCUCCUGCAGCCAGGCCAGUGGCUUCCAGUAUAACCCGAUCAGGACCACUUUUGGGGCCACGUCCGGCUGCCCGUCCCUCACUCCGGGAUCCUGCAGCCUCGGCACCCUCAGGGACCACCAGAGCAGUCCGUACGCCGCAGUUCCGUACAAACUCUUCACCGACCACGGCGGCCUCAACGAGAAACGCAAGCAGAGGCGCAUCCGCACCACUUUCACGAGCGCGCAGCUCAAAGAGCUGGAGAGGGUCUUCGCGGAGACGCACUACCCGGACAUCUACACCCGGGAGGAGCUGGCGCUGAAGAUUGACCUCACCGAGGCCAGAGUCCAGGUGUGGUUCCAGAACCGUCGGGCCAAGUUUCGCAAGCAGGAGCGCGCGGCAGCCGCAGCGGCCGCUGCAGCCAAAAACGGCUCCUCGGGCAAGAAGUCUGACUCCUCCCGGGACGACGAGAGCAAAGAGGCCAAGAGCACCGAUCCGGACAGCACUGGGGGGCCGGGACCCAACCCCAACCCGACCCCCAGCUGCGGGGCAAACGGCGGCGGCGGCGGCGGGCCCAGCCCGGCCGGAGCUCCGGGGGCGGCGGGCCCAGGGGGCCCGGGAGGCGAACCCGGCAAGGGCGGUGCGGCGGCGGCGGCUGCUGCGGCGGCUGCGGCGGCAGCGGCGGCGGCGGCGGCGGCGGCGGGAGGCCUGGCUGCGGCCGGGGGCCCCGGACAAGGCUGGGCUCCCGGCCCGGGCCCCAUCACCUCCAUCCCGGAUUCGCUUGGGGGCCCCUUCGCCAGCGUCUUAUCUUCGCUCCAAAGACCCAACGGUGCCAAGGCCGCCUUAGUGAAGAGCAGUAUGUUCUGAUCUGCGAUCUGCGGCGGCGGCGGCGGGCGAGCCCGGGCUCGGGCUGGCGAGUGGGCGAGUGGGUAAACCCAAGGCUAGUGUCGCUGCUGCCAGCGGCUGGUUUUGUUUGUUUUUUUUCCAUCGAAGGCCUAAAAUGAUCGCGAUUCGAAUAACGAAAAAAACAAAAAAAUGACGUCGCCCCCAUUUCCAUCCCACUCCAACCCCGUUCCUCAACCUCCCCCUCCCCCCCAAACAAAACAAAACAAAACAAACAAAAAAACUUCCCCGGCUUCGCACCUGCCUCGGGCCGCGCUUUGGACGGGGCUCCGCCUGCUGCCCAGGGGGUGUGAGCAGCGUGGCCUGGACUUCGGGGGCACUCUCAGGGGGCUGUGUCUGAGUGUCGGGUGUAUGUUCGUCUCGGAGAAUGUGUGUCUGUGGCCCCAAGUAGGUGAUAGGGAGAGAUGGGGGCGCCACAACCAACUCAGCGACUUCUUAGAAACAAAUUAAAAAUUCGGAAGGCAGCAACGAUAAAAGAUUAAAAAAAAAAAGUAAAAUAAAACAAAUCACGAAAGUUAAAAAGAUCCACACGGAGGGGACAAGUUAAAAAUACAAAGUGGGCAAGGGAGGGCUGUGGCUAGUACUGAGGAUUUGGUCUUGUGAACCCCUAAAUUCUCAUGCUCACAACUGUACAGACUCCGGUGACUCUUUAGGAAGGAAUGCUGACAGCCGUUCCAGCCUGGUUCCCCUCAGGUCCUUGGGUUCCGGCCACCGCAGAGAUGGCUCACUCAGACUGUCCCGGCAGCUAAAGUGACUUUCCGGAGCCCGCUUGCCUGUCCCCACCUCACCGCCGCUGGAAAACCAUCUUGCCAUUAGCGCAACUGAUUGCCACACCGUUGCUAUCCCCAAACCCGAAUCUUUGCAGCCGCUUGGCCCUGAAAGAUGCCCUGUACAUGAGAUGCCUUUUCAUCCUCAAACUCUGCAAACCGUGUCUCCUAUUUCACAGCGCUCCUGGUUUUUCUCUCCUGCCAUCCCCCACCGGCAUUUUCUUCUCCCACCAGCUUUUACGGAACUUUCUGGCACUGCUUUGCAUCGGAGUCCGUUGCGGUCCCACGGAGCUGGCUGCUGCAGAGACAUCUCCCCAGCACGGGAAAGGCACACACACCACACACGUUUGCAGAAAGUGUCUCGGCUUGCAUUUCUGAUUGAGUGAUCCGAGCUGGACUCAUCCUGUAGGGUGGACGGACUGUAUAUUGAUGCGCAGUUUAGACAUCUCUGUUGGGAUUUUUAUUUUAUUUUAUUUUAAAAGGCACAAACUAUAGAUAUUAGUUGGAUGUUGAGGCUUUAACUUUUCGGUGUCUUUCUACAGCUGUGUUCUGUGACUCAAAUGUAUCGUGUUACUCAGUACAGACCGUCUCCUCUACGUGACAAUUUGAUGUUUCUCUUCUCGUAGUCUCUAUGGUGUGUCUUUAUGGCGUAAUAAGGUUCUCACGGGUUCAAUUCCUUUGUGUUUAGAGAGACCAGGUUCAGACAAUGGUAUAUAUUUUUGUUAUCAGGUGCAUGUAUGUCUGAUUUCAUUUUCUUCUUGUUGGACUAUGUUUGUGAACAUAAGCGUCAUAAGUUAUGUUUUCAGAUUUUCAAAUUUAUUUAUACGUGUUAUAAUGAAUGCUUCUAUUUAAAGGGGAAAUAUUUCUACAUGUGCAUAUAGUUUUCCAAGAGUGUACCAUUAACUUGAUUGUUGAUAAUAAAAACAAAAAGCAAGUAUAAGCAA